AUGUGCUCGGUGCUGAAGAGAACAGUUCCCUUUGGCAUCGCUUACCAUCACAGUGGACUGACUAGUGAUGAGAGGAAGUUGGUGGAAGAAGCCUAUUCGGCUGGAGUCCUCUGUCUACUUACAUGCACUUCCACUCUGGCAGCAGGAGUCAAUCUGCCAGCUCGAAGGGUUAUUUUACGGGCACCAUAUGUUGCCAAAGAUUUCCUGAAGAGGGCACAAUAUAAACAGAUGAUUGGCAGGGCUGGUCGAGCUGGAAUUGACAGUGCCGGGGAAAGCAUCCUUAUUAUACAGGACAAGGAUAAACAAAUGGUUCAGGAAUUGGUUAGCAAGCCACUAGAGAGCUGUUAUAGUAACCUUAUGCAUGAUGAAGGGAAAGGAUUUCAGAGCUUACUGCUUUCACUAAUUGGACUAAAGAUUGCAAGAACAGCUGAUGAGAUCUACAGCUUUGCAUGUUAUACUUUUUUCAGUGUACAACAAAAACAUUUUUGUAAAGAUAAAUCACUGUGGGACAUAACAAAGGAAUCAUUAGAAACACUAUCAAGCAAAAGCCUUAUAUGCAGCAAAAGCUGCCUCGACUCAAGUCAGCUUGUGUUUGAGGUUUCAAGACUAGGCCAAGCAACAUUUAAAGGUUCCAUCGAUUUAUCUUACAGUGAUGUGCUGUACAGUGAUCUUAUAAAAGGAUUAGAAGGCCUAGUACUAAAGAGCCACCUUCAUCUUCUGUACUUGGUGACACCGUACGACAUGGUAGCCCAGUGCAACCCAGACUGGAUGAUUUACUUUAGACAGUUUAAUCUGCUUGAUCCAGUGGAUCAGAAAGUGGCUGGAAAUGUAGGGGUGCCAGAAAGUUUUCUUGCACGCAAGGUUUCAGGCCAAAGUGUAAAAAAGAGUGUAGACGACAGAGUGGUGAAUCGUCUUUAUUUGUCAUUCAUACUGCAUGCCUUGAUGAAAGAUUUGGACAUUUGGUGUGUGUCAGGAAAAUAUAACAUCCCUCGGGGAUUUAUUCAGAAUUUGCUGAAUUCAUCUGCCUCUUUCUCCUCUUGUGUUCUACAUUUCUGUGAGGAGUUGGAUGAAUUCUGGGCAUAUAAAGCCCUUCUUCAGGAUUGCACCAAAAAAUUGAGUUACUGUGUAAAAGCAGAACUAAUACCCCUAAUGGAAGUGGCUGGUGUUUUGGAGGCCCGGGCCAAACAACUUUACAAUGCAGGUUAUACCACUCUUGCACAUUUGGCUAAUGCUGAUCCACAACUGAUGGUUAAAAGCAUUGAACAUUUGUCAAAACGCCAGGCAAACCAGAUUAUUAGCUCAGCAAAGAUGUUAUUGAAUGAGAAAGCUGAAGCUCUCCAAGAGGAAGUGGAAGAACUUCUUCGUCUACCUGCAGACCUCCCGUCGCUUAUUACAGAAAAUGAAAAUGUUCAGACAAUUGAAUAA